UGAAUAAUAUAAAAGAGAACUAAAUGAUCCUCAAACGCCAUAUGAGGUAAAAGAGAAUUUCAACAGUACCAUGCUGUGGAUCGUGUCUCUCUUCAUUCAUAUUUUAUUAGUCGAUGCCAGAUCGAUCGAAAAUGAUAUCGAAAAUGACAAGACGACUGAUACAGAAUUUGCACGCAAUAAUUGCGUUCUAUCCAUGAAAUAUAAGUAUGGCGAUCUAAAAGAACCACAGCCAUUGAUUCUAACUCGAAAUGGUACUGCAUCGGCGAUACUUUAUCCCAACAUUAACGGUACAUUAAAGGUGCAAACGGGUCAGUCGAUUUAUUUGGCAUGCCCGGGAGAACAGAAUUUUCUAAGAAACACGAACUACGCCCAAGAAGUGAAAGCUACCUGCGUAAGGAAUAAAAUAUUUCACGUUAACGGUGAAAAUCGAAAUUUUUCGUCGUUGACGUGUUAUCAUUUGCCGGAGCACACCGCAAGGCAUAUGAAAUCGCCGUGCUAUAACAGGAAUACUCACGUCGAAAUUGGUUUCAAUCUGAGCACCAAUUUUCUGCGCGUAAUAGAACUAUGUCACAACGAAAAAACCUACAAUACAUACUACACGAAAUUUAGAAUGACAAAAUUGAUUGGAGGAUAUCAGAGAAGUUAUCCCAGGCCGUCGAAAUGGAUGGUUGGAGAUUAUUUUGGAAAGAUAGAUAUUAACAGGCAAUACAACUUCAAUACGCAGUUGAGCACAUUCCAAAAACUUUUGAAUUCGAGCGAAUUAGCCAAGUCUCAUCUAGCGAAGUCACGUCAGUUCCUGUCUCGUGGACAUUUGACGGCAAUGGUCGACUUCGUUUAUGGUGCUUUACAGUCGCUUACGUUUUGGUACAUAAACGCGGCUCCUCAGUGGAUGUCUUUCAAUGCUGGCAACUGGGAAAGACUUGAGAACAGCAUCAGGAACUUUUCUACCUAUCGUUCUUUGGACCUAGAUGUUUACACAGGUGUACACGGUCAAAUGACUUUGCCCAAUGCUCGUGGCAAAUACCAAGAUAUAUAUCUCUACGUCAAUGGCACGAAUAAAGCCGUUCCCGUCCCCAAGUUCUAUUGGAAAAUAAUCUAUGAUCCACGAAGCAAGAAAGGUACCGCGUUUGUCGGUUUGAAUGAUCCCUUUAUCAAGUCGAUCACUGAAGAUAUCUACAUAUGCUCGGAUAUCAGUUCCAAGAUCAAAUGGCUUCUGUGGAGACCUAACGAUAUCAAAGCCGGUAUCUCUUAUGCGUGCACCGUCGACGAUUUACGUAAAGCCGUACCGACCAUUCCUAAAUUUCAAACGGUUGGUAUUCUAACGUAAGAAUCGAUAAGAAUAAUUUCGAAAAGGUUUGAAUACUUUGCAAAAUAAAGGAUCAAAAAGAAUAUUUACUCUAGUUGGUAGGUUCGAUUAUUAUCUUCGAUCUUUGAUACGUGCCGAUUAUGUCGUAAGAUCACACGGUUGACCUAAUUCCUCGACAAUCUUAUUAACAACGUAAAUUUUAGAGAAAAUUGUAAAUAAAUGUAUAUUAUUUCAUCGCAUGUGCCGCGUGUUAUUAAUUAUUAUUAAUCUAAAAAAGUUGAUUCAGCUGAUAUCGUAACAGUUCAUGAUUGAAAAGCUUUCUUAAUUACUACAGUUCGAACGAAGACGUCCACUCGGUGUGCCGUUCUACGGUAAAAUAAUUACUACGAUGUACAUAUAGAUAGAGAGUAUUUACGUAUAUGUAUGCGUACGCAUACAUAUUAUAUUUUCAAACAAUAAUUGCAUUCGGGAUAAUAAUGGAAAAACAAUUAAUUCUACGUGCUGUUUACUCACGGGAAAUGACAAUGUACACCUACGAAAGAAAAAAAAAAAAAAUAAAGUAAAAGAAAAAAACAUU